UUCCUCCUCCUCUUCCCCUUCCUGGUGUAGAGGCGGAAAGGGGAUCAAGUGAGUGCCUGUCCGCCUGGCCUUCUUUCCUUCCUUUUCCCUCCUUCUUACCAAGAUGGAAGGUCAGCACAUCAUGGCCCAGGUCCACAUCCAGGCCCCUUUGUCUUCCUCCUCUUCCUCCUCCUCUGUGGCUGGAGAGGAAUCCAGGAGGUUGCCCAACCCUGCUCGGGAUCGCAUGGCCGGGGGCCGUUUGCUGGACAGCCAGAGCCUGGACGGGAUCAGCCAGGUCUAUGGGGCCUCCAAGGCCCAGGAGGGGAGGAGAGCCACCAUCUCCAGCGCCUUGGAGUUGGAAGGCACCGUCAGCCACGACGGGGACCUGACCCACUUUGUGGCCAACAACCUCCAGAUGAAGAUCAAGAUGAGCUCCCGGGGAAGCCUGGAGGACACCGAGACCACCACCGCCGCCGCCUCGGCCUCCUCCUCACAGCUCUCCGCCCGGAGCAAGGUGGCCGACAUCCCCCCUGUCGACCCCCAGGUGAUCCGGGACUUGGAGCAGCUGACCCAGGACGUGGCCCAGAAGGUGGACCAAAUGCUGCAGGCCUUGAAUGGCUCCAUCCAGAACAUGACGGCCCUCAGCGUGGGCUACAUCCAGACCUAUCGGGACGCGGUGGACGGCCUGGGCGAGUCAGUGGACAUGAGCAUCAAGGGCAUGUACACCUUGAUGGCUCGGUGUGAGGAGCUGGACCGCUCCAUGCAGCCCGUCCAUGCCCUCGCCAAGCAGAUCCGGGAGAUCAAGAGGACCCUGGAGAUCUUCGAGGCCCUAUGCAAGUAGCGCCAAAGAGAUUUGAGGCAUCCACAGGGCCCCUGGGGACCUUCGAGGCCCUUUGGAAUCUUUUGAGACGCUUUGCAAGUAGCGCACCAAAGAGAUGCAGAGGCGCCUGGGGAUCUUUGAGACCUUGAGGCCCUUUGCGAGAUUCAGAGGGCCCUGAAAUCCUUUACAAGUAGCGCCAAAGAGAUCCAGAGGCGCCUGGAGAUCUUUGAGACCUUGAGGCCCUUUGCGAGAUUCAGAGGGUCCUGAAAUCCUUCGCAAGUAGCACCAAAGAGAUCCAGAGGCACCUGGAGAUCUUUGAGACCUUGAGGCCCUUUGCAAGAUUCAGAGGGCCCUGGAAUCCUUUGCAAGUAGCGCCAAAGAGAUCUAGAGGCGCCUGGGGAAUCUUUGAGGCCCUUUACAAGUCGCUGCCAAGGAGAUCUGGGACAUUAAGAGGGCCCCAGAGAUCUUCGAAGCAUCUUGCAAGAUUCAGGGGACCCUGGUGAUCUUUGAGGCACUUUGCAAAUAAUGCCAAACAGAUCUAAGUAAUUCAGAGACCCUGGAGAUUCUUGAGGCCCUUUGCAAAUAGCAGCCAAAGAGAUCCAGGAGAUGCAGAGGGCCCUGGAGAUCUUUGAGGUGCUGUGCAAGUAGCUGCCAAAGAGAUCCAGGAGAUUCAGGGGACCGUGGAGAUCUUUGAGGUGCUAUGCAAGUAGCAUCUCUUUCAAACAGAUUUCUUCAGCAAUGGGACAUUGUGAUUCAGACUCCAAAAGGGAAAGGAUAUGUGUGUGUAUGUUUUUUUCAUGCAGGGGCUCCUGGAGAUUUUUGAGGUGCUUUGCAAGUUGUGCCAAACAGAACUGGGAGAUUCAAAGGAGCCUAGAGAUCUUUGAGGUGCUUUGCAAAAUUCAGAAGGGCCUGGCAACUUUUGAGGCACUUUGCAAGUUCUGCCAGAGAGAUCCAGGAGAUUCAGAGGAGAUCUUUGAGGCCCGUUGCUAGAUUCAGAGGGCCCUGGGGGUCUUUGAGACACUGUGCAAAUAGCAUCAAAGUAAUCCAGGGAGAUUCAGAGGAUCUUUGAGAGCUCUGAGGCCCUUUGCAAGUCACUGCCAAAGAGAUCUGGGAGAUUAAGAGGAUCCUGGAGAUAUUUGAGGCUCUUUGAAAAUAGUGCCAAACAGAUCCAAGUGAGGUCCUGGAGAUCUUUGAGGCCCUUUGCAAGUAGCAGCCAAAGAGAUCCAGGAGUAGCCCCUCUUUUGAUGAUUCAGAGGACUGGGAGAUCUCUGAGACACUUUGCAAGUACUGUAGCACCUCUUUCAGAUGAACUCCUUCAGUGGUGGACUCCGGUGGGCACUGUGACUCCAAAAGGGAAAGGAUACGUAUAUUUUUCUUGCACUGAAAUAAAUAAAUUCUGAUGAUGUUUCUCAAA